GAUUCUGGAUUUAUGACUUGACAGGAAACUUAUUCUCUUCUUACCCUUUUUUUUUUUUAAGUAUACCUCAGUUUUCUACCUGGAAAAAUUCUUUUUUUUCCCCCAAAGAAAUCCAGAGAGUGUCUGUGAGACAAUGGCAGAGGACUACACACACACCGGCAUGUCAGAGUUUAUCAAAGACCGGCUGUACUUUGUCACUCUCCAAGUCAAACCAAAGAACACCAGUGACACAAGCUACUUCAGCACAGACGAUGAGUUCAUAUACGAGAGUUUCUAUACAGACUUUGGUCCGCUCAGCUUGGCCGUGUUGUACAGGUACUGCUCCAAAGUCAACAGAAAGCUCAGGUCCACCAUGAUGUCCAAAAAGAAAUUGGUCCACUACACCAGUUACGACCAGAGGAAGAGGGCCAACGCUGCUGUUCUCAUCGGUGCCUACGCUGUAAUCUAUUUGCAAAGGAGUCCAGAAGAUGCUUACAGGACUUUGAUCUCAGAAAACAAAGCUGCUUACCUGUCCUUCAGAGAUGCCGCAGUCGGAGAUUCCUUCUUCAACCUCACUGUAUUCAACUGUUUACAGGGUAUAUAUAAGGCCUUACAGCACGGUUUCUUUGACUUUGACCGCUUUAACGUCGAUGAAUACGAACAUUAUGAGCGUGUAGAAAAUGGAGAUAUGACCUGGAUCAUUCCAGGGAAAGUUCUGGCAUUCAGCAGCCCUCACUCUCGCAGUAAGACAGAAAAUGGUUAUCCUGUCCAUGCCCCCGAGGUUUACUUUUCAUACUUCCGUGAAAAUAAUGUGAAGGUAGUGGUUCGUCUGAACAGGAAGUUAUACGACAGCAAGCGGUUCCAGGAUGCUGGGUUUGAGCAUCACGAGCUUUUCUUCCUGGACGGGACCACGCCCUCUGACCUCAUCAUCAGGCGCUUCCUGCAUAUCUGUGAAAGUACAGACAGAGCCGUCGCCGUACACUGUAAAGCCGGCCUGGGUCGAACUGGCACGCUGAUUGGCUGCUACUUGAUGAAGCACUUUUGGUUCACUGCGGCUGAGGCCAUCGCUUGGAUCCGGAUCUGCCGGCCUGGAUCCAUCAUCGGGCCCCAGCAGAACUUCUUGGUGGAGAAACAGCACAGUUUGUGGGUCCAGGGCGAUGUCCAUCGCACCAAACACAAACUGCUUCAGCAGCGACUGAGUCACGCCCAGAAGCAACGCCAACAACAGCGUGACGGCUCGAUGCCUGCCGGCAGCAAACAUGACGAUAUGUCACGUCUGCUUUCCAGUAUGUGCGACCUGUCAGUCAACACCACCCUCUACAAGUCAUGCAGCUCCGACGAGAACGACUGGAGAGAAACAACUCAGGGAGACAAUCUGAGAGCUCUAAAGGGAAACAGGAGACUGAGAUCAGCGUCACCUUCCUCCCCAAGAAUACAGCUGUCCAAGGCAUCACGUGGCACCAUCCUUCCACCUCACAAAUCAGCAAAAGCUGCCCUCUCCUUGUCAUCGUCCUCCUCUUCAGAGGACCUGGAAAUAAAAUCUGCUUCAUCCACCAUAUGCAAAAAGAGGUAGAUGUUUCCAUUUUGUAAGCAAUUUUCAAAUGUUACAAUGCUAACAAACAGAAAAGGCUCAACAACAAAUACUAACAUUCUGAAGACAUUAACAGAAUUAUUGAUACUGAAGAAUAAAUUUGCAGUAGAUGGAUUAGUAAAAUUCAUUCAUUCAUUCAUUCAUUCAUUUUCAACCACUUAU